ACAACCUGAAUAACACAUGACCAGGCCAUCGCGCCAAAAAGCUGCAAAGCACAUUUUCGGCGCUGGAGGUGGCUGUGGCAAAAAAGGGCCCGAAGCUCCUCGAUUCCAGGAGUGUUGCAAUAGACCACCAUCAAGAGUAUUACAUUGAGCUCUAUUUGCCCAUGUAAAAUCACAUUUCAGGAUGCUCCAACCGCUUGGCCGCAUGCAGUGACGAGCUCGGGCCGUCUUUUCGCAGCGAGCAGUGGCCAAUAAAACAAACCCCUGCACUGCAUAGGUAGUAGCAUUGAGCACUGUGCUUCCAAUCCAUUCAACGGCCUUAACGGACGCCGUCUAGCCUACCUCGCUGACCCGCUGCUCCUUUCUCUUCCGCUCGAGCGCCACUGCGAACACCUCGACUGUAAUACUGGCUUGUGUGAGAGAUCGCAUCUGAUAGCUGAACUUCUAGUAUUAUUGUGCUGUAGUUGAGGCAGUGAGAACGGGUGCAGACCCAACAUCGCGCCCUGGCCUUCGUCUUACGUUCCUCAAGCUUUGUACCGGCAACCUGAUCAGCUCAGUCACCGGGAAGGCAACAAAUAGAUCUGGAGCGCAGCAACAGCCUGCUAAGCCCACGACAGGACUGUCGCACACGGGGCGCAUUGUCGACCAAAUCUUUGACCGUGGCUGAUUGGGUGGCUACAAACACGCUGCUGCAAACAGCAGAUGCAUGAAAAUAUACGGGUGCCGAGGAGGGCAUCCUGGGCCGGCCUGGUGCCGUGGGCGUUGGUGGUCGUGUUGCUGCACCUCGCAGCGGGAGGCCAUGCUCCGUCUUCAUUAGCGACAGAGGAUGCCAGCAGCCUCGGCGACCUGGAUGGCGCUAUAACGAGCACCAACAACGGAGGCCGCGGCCUUCUUGGGUUGACGAGCCGCUUUCCGUUCUGCGAGUGCCUCAGCUAUGACUGCGCCUGCUCGCCCUACAAGGUGCUCAUGGUCUCGCGUAAUCAGACGGGUGACACAGCGCGCCUGUGCUUCCGUGUGGCGUACGUGGGCUGCGACACCAACACCGACUGCUGCCGCGGCAUGUUGGCGGCGGUUGACAAGCUGACGUUCGAGACCACGGCGGCAUGCGCCAACCGCUCCAACCUACUGGGUGUGACCAUCAAUGGCCGGCCCCAUGCAUCCAUGCUGCCGUACUGGCACGGCAAGUACACGGAGGUCAAGAUCUACAGCCUGCGGCGCAACAACGCCACGCUCUCCGGCUCCGAGAUCUGCAUAACAACCCGCGCUCCCUGCUCAACACUUCAGGACUUCUGCAGCAGCACUACGUUCGACGGCUGCCGCUACUCCUUCGCAGACGUGCCCUCCGCCACCUUCUGCCCCAUCUGCGCCAUGGAUAAACCGCUUCCCCCGGCGCCUCCUAGCCCGCCCCCGCCGCCCCCCUCGCCUCCUCCCAGCCCGGCGCCGCCAAGCCCGGAGCCGCCAAGCCCGGAGCCGCCGAGCCCGGUGCCACCCAGCCCAGAACCACCCAGCCCGGAGCCGCCCUUCCCACCUCCGCCCAGCCCGGAGCCCCCGUCUCCUGUGCCGCCCAGCCCGAUGCCGCCCAGUCCGGUCCCCCCCCGCCCGCCGCCUCCCAGCCCGCCACCGCCCUGCGAGGUUUGCUUCUUCCUCACCAUCAUUCCGCCCACGGGCUACGGCGCAUCACUGCCGCCUUCACCCCUGCUGUCCGUGUCCCCGCCGGCAGCCCGCCUACCGCCGGGCGCCAUCAACGGCACGGAAGUCACCGGCGGUGGGGGCAGUGGAGGUGGAGGCCCAGGUUUCAGCCCCAGCCCGCCACCGGCUUACGGUGCUGGUAGCCCAACAGCCGCCAGCACACCCCCGGGCCCCGCUGCGUCGAUGGUCCCGCCUCCCAGUCCCUUCCUGCCCGCCCCAUCACCAUCGUUGCCCAACCUUUUGCCUCCUGAGGCGUGCGCCAUCCUGGCAGCCGCAAUUCAGGACACCCUUAAUCGAACUGCCAUGGCGACAGGCGCCCUCAUCACGCGCCCUUUCGUGCUGGGCGCCUGCUCGGGGACCUACAACGCCUCCGCCUUGCCGCCCGCAGCCGGAUACCCCUACGUGCGCGUGUGCGGAGCCUUCCUGUCAUCCCAGGUCGGGUCACGACUGACCGCGGCCUUGGCACAGGGCGGCGCGUUCCGGCAGUGGGCGCGGCUCAUCGCGAACGGCGGCAACAGCAGCAGCAGUGGCGGCGGCCCGGGCGGCCCUGGCGGCGGUGGGGGUGGCGGCGGCAGCGGUGACGACGACGAGUGCUCGCCUCUGUUCCAGGGAUUCAAUGUAACCAGCCAGGCGCUAGGGCCGGGUGGGGAGACCAGCUGCCUGACCGGGCAGUACAGCCGCUACUGCCCCUAUCCCUCACCACCGCCCAGCCCGGUGCCGCCGGGUCCGCUGCCGCCCUCGCCUUCACCGCCCAGCCCUGCUCCUCCUUCGCCUUCACCGCCCAGCCCUGCUCCUCCUUCACCUCAGCCUCCGUCACCGCUGCCGCCGUCACCACUGCCGCCCUCCCCGGAGCCGCCCAGCCCAGAGCCACCCUCGCCUUUGCCCCCGUCACCGGCGCCACCGAGCCCUGCGCCACCUUCGCCCCUGCCGCCCAGCCCGCUUCCACCUUCUCCCCUGCCGCCCAGCCCAGAGCCGCCCAGCCCAGAGCCACCCUCGCCGGAGCCACCGUCACCGGCGCCACCGAGCCCUGCGCCACCUUCUCCCCUGCCGCCCAGCCCGCUUCCGCCUUCUCUUCUGCCGCCGUCACCACUGCCGCCCAGCCCAGAGCCACCAUCGCCUUUGCCCCCGUCACCGGCGCCACCGAGCCCUGCGCCACCUUCGCCCCUUCCUCCCAGCCCGCUUCCACCGUCACCACUGCCGCCGUCACCACUGCCGCCCAGCCCAGAGCCACCUAGUCCUCUGCCGCCGUCACCGGCGCCACCCAGCCCGCUGCCGCCGCUGCCGCCUUCGCCGCCGCCACCUCCCAGGGCUUGCGUCGUGUGCGUCUACAUCUACCUGCACCCGCCUGGGACCGCGGGCGGGGCGCUUGGCCGUCGCCUCUCCAGUGAGCCAUUCGUGUUCGACGACUCGGAGUGCGGGCGUCUCGCCAAGCUGAUCGAUGACGGCUUCAAACAGCAGGCCACGCUGCUUGGUGCAAACAUCCAGGUGCCAUUUCGCCUGGACCACUGCACGCCCACCUACCUCAAGCUGAUGGGCACCUUCGGCUCGGCCCGCGAUGGCGAGAUGCUGCAGGAGUGGCUGAACGGGCCGCUGGGCAUGCUGGGGUGGCUGACCAGCAUCACUGGCGAGUGCCCUGACAAGCUCUCAGGUUACUCGGUCGAGAGCGUGGUGCAGCCUCCGGACAGCGAUGAAGAGAGCUGUCUAGUCGGCAGCUUCCAGAUUGACUGCUUUUACAGGCCUCCAUCGCCGGAGCCCCCGUCACCGGAGCCGCCUAGUCCGCUUCCGCCGUCUCCGCUGCCGCCCAGUCCACUUCCUCCUGCGCCGCUGCCGCCAAGCCCGGAGCCUCCCAGUCCUUUGCCUCCGUCACCCCUACCGCCGUCGCCUCUCCCUCCCUCACCACUGCCGCCCAGCCCUGAGCCCCCGUCACCAGCCCCGCCGACCCCAGCGCCGCCAAGUCCGGUGCCGCCGUCACCACUGCCGCCUAGCCCCCUGCCACCCAGCCCAGAGCCACCCUCUCCGGAGCCACCGAGCCCACUACCUCCUCCUCCUCUGCCGCCUAGCCCCCUGCCACCCUCGCCCCUGCCGCCCAGCCCAGUACCGCCCAGCCCCGCGCCGCCGAGUCCGCUUCCUCCGUCGCCUGUGCCACCCAGCCCGGAGCCAGCUUCACCUGUACCGCCCAGCCCUGCGCCGCCUAGCCCAACGCCGCCGUCGCCUGUGCCACCAAGCCCGGAGCCGCCAUCUCCGCUCCCCCCCUCACCACAGCCGCCGAGCCCCCUUCCCCCCUCACCGCUACCGCCGAGCCCUGCGCCUCCCAGCCCCAAGCCUCCGUCGCCUGUGCCACCCAGCCCUGCGCCGCCGAGCCCGGAGCCCCCUUCUCCCGAGCCUCCCAGCCCCUCGCCACCUUCGCCUGCGCCUCCCAGCCCGAAGCCUCCGUCGCCUGUGCCGCCCAGCCCUGCGCCGCCGAGCCCGGAGCCCCCUUCUCCCGAGCCUCCCAGCCCCACGCCACCUUCGCCUGCGCCUCCCAGCCCUAAGCCUCCGUCGCCUGUGCCGCCCAGCCCUGCGCCGCCGAGCCCGGAGCCCCCUUCUCCCGAGCCUCCCAGCCCCACACCACCUUCGCCUGCGCCUCCCAGUCCCAAGCCUCCGUCGCCUGUGCCGCCCAGCCCUGCGCCGCCGAGCCCGGAGCCCCCUUCUCCCGAGCCUCCCAGCCCCACGCCACCUUCGCCUGCGCCUCCCAGCCCUAAGCCUCCGUCGCCUGUGCCGCCCAGCCCUGCGCCGCCGAGCCCGGAGCCCCCUUCUCCCGAGCCUCCCAGCCCCACGCCACCUUCGCCUGCGCCGCCCAGCCCUGCGCCGCCGAGCCCGGAGCCCCCUUCUCCCGAGCCUCCCAGCCCCACGCCACCUUCGCCUGCGCCUCCCAGCCCCACGCCACCUUCGCCUGCGCCGCCCAGCCCUGCGCCGCCGAGCCCGGAGCCCCCUUCUCCCGAGCCUCCCAGCCCCACGCCACCUUCGCCUGCGCCUCCCAGCCCUAAGCCUCCGUCGCCUGUGCCGCCCAGCCCUGCGCCGCCGAGCCCGGAGCCCCCUUCUCCCGAGCCUCCCAGCCCCACGCCACCUUCGCCUGCGCCUCCCAGUCCCAAGCCUCCGUCGCCUGUGCCGCCCAGCCCUGCGCCGUCGAGCCCGGAGCCCCCUUCUCCCGAGCCUCCCAGCCCCACGCCACCUUCGCCUGCGCCUCCCAGUCCCAAGCCUCCGUCGCCUGUGCCGCCCAGCCCUGCGCCGCCGAGCCCGGAGCCCCCUUCUCCCGAGCCUCCCAGCCCCACGCCACCUUCGCCUGCGCCUCCCAGCCCUAAGCCUCCGUCGCCUGUGCCGCCCAGCCCUGCGCCGCCGAGCCCGGAGCCCCCUUCUCCCGAGCCUCCCAGCCCCACGCCACCUUCGCCUGCGCCUCCCAGCCCUAAGCCUCCGUCGCCUGUGCCGCCCAGCCCUGCGCCGCCGAGCCCGGAGCCCCCUUCUCCCGAGCCUCCCAGCCCCACGCCACCUUCGCCUGCGCCUCCCAGCCCUAAGCCUCCGUCGCCUGUGCCGCCCAGCCCUGCGCCGCCGAGCCCGGAGCCCCCUUCUCCCGAGCCUCCCAGCCCCACGCCACCUUCGCCUGCGCCUCCCAGUCCCAAGCCUCCGUCGCCUGUGCCGCCCAGCCCUGCGCCGCCGAGCCCGGAGCCCCCUUCUCCCGAGCCUCCCAGCCCCACGCCACCUUCGCCUGCGCCUCCCAGUCCCAAGCCUCCGUCGCCUGUGCCGCCCAGCCCUGCGCCGCCGAGCCUGGAGCCCCCUUCUCCCGAGCCUCCCAGCCCCACGCCACCUUCGCCUGCGCCUCCCAGCCCUAAGCCUCCGUCGCCUGUGCCGCCCAGCCCUGCGCCGCCGAGCCCGGAGCCCCCUUCUCCCGAGCCUCCCAGCCCCACGCCACCUUCGCCUGCGCCUCCCAGCCCUAAGCCUCCGUCGCCUGUGCCGCCCAGCCCUGCGCCGCCGAGCCCGGAGCCCCCUUCUCCCGAGCCUCCCAGCCCCAAGCCACCUUCGCCUGUGCCUCCCAGCCCGAAGCCUCCGUCGCCUGUGCCGCCCAGCCCUGCGCCGCCGAGCCCGGAGCCCCCUUCUCCCGAGCCUCCCAGCCCCACGCCACCUUCGCCUGCGCCUCCCAGCCCUAAGCCUCCGUCGCCUGUGCCGCCCAACCCUGCGCCGCCGAGCCCGGAGCCCCCUUCUCCCGAGCCUCCCAGCCCCACGCCACCUUCGCCUGCGCCUCCCAGCCCUAAGCCUCCGUCACCUGAGCCGCCCAGCCCGGAGCCGCCCAGUCCCGAACCUCCAAGCCCAGAGCCGCCCAGCCCUCUCCCGCCCUCCCCCAUGCCACCUUCACCUCUGCCGCCAAGCCCCGCACCACCCAGCCCGGCACCACCCAGCCCCGCUCCACCCAGCCCCAAGCCCCCGUCUCCGCUGCCGCCCAGCCCCGCACCACCUUCGCCUCUGCCGCCAAGCCCGGCGCCGCCCAGCCCGGCACCACCCAGCCCCGCACCACCCAGCCCCGCUCCACUCAGCCCCAAGCCCCCGUCUCCGCUGCCGCCCAGCCCCGCGCCUCCCAGCCCCGCGCCACCUUCACCUCUGCCACCAAGCCCCGCACCACCCAGCCCGGCGCCGCCCAGCCCCAAGCCCCCGUCUCCGCUGCCUCCCAGCCCCGCGCCACCUUCACCUCUGCCGCCAAGCCCCGGACCACCCAGCCCCACUCCACCCAGCCCCAAGCCCCCGUCGCCGGCACCGCCCAGCCCCGCACCACCUUCGCCUUUGCCGCCCAGCCCCGCUCCUCCGCACCCGCCGCCUUCGCCCCCUCCUCCCUGUGACGUGUGCAUUAUGGUCACAAUCACUCCACCCAUCUUUGCCGACCCCAGCAGCGUCUUCACUUUCACGAAUGAUACCUGCAGCGACACCGCCGACACGGUAAUCGCAAAUAUGCAGGCGAUUGCGGCCGAUGCGGGCUCCGUCAUUGUGACGCCCUUUUCUCUAACAGCCUGCGAGCCCGCUUACAACCUCAGCACCAGCACCUACCCGUACCUGCUUGUGUGCGGAGCUUUUCUGUCAGCAUAUGACGGGGCCAGGCUGGAAGCCACGCUAAAGCUGGCGAUGUCAUUCUGGAUCGAAGACCUGUUCGGUGGCGACGCUCAAGAUUGCGCCGCCUCGCACCCGGGCUACAGCAUCAGCAACGAGGCGACCGACCCCGGCGGUGCUACCAGCUGCAUCCAGGCACGGCAGCUGCAGGCGUGCAACAUCCGCAAGCCCCCCUCCCCUCGGCCGCCCUCCCCACGCCCGCCAAGCCCAGCGCCCCCCUCGCCCAAGCCCCCCUCGCCCAAACCUCCCAGCCCGGCACCGCCCAGCCCCGCGCCGCCUUCACCUGCACCACCCAGCCCGGCACCUCCCAGCCCGGCGCCACCAAGCCCAGUUCCGCCCAGCCCCGCGCCACCCAGCCCCGCACCACCCAGCCCCCAUCCCCCUUCGCCUGCUCCUCCUAGCCCGCAACCACCAUCUCCCAUUCCGCCCAGCCCCGCACCGCCCUCUCCUCGACCGCCUAGUCCGUUGCCGCCGAGCCCUGCCCCUCCUUCGCCCGCACCGCCCUCGCCGAAGCCUCCCAGCCCGGCACCACCCAGCCCGGUCCCGCCCAGCCCAGCACCGCCCUCACCUGCACCACCUCAGCCCCCGCCGUCGCCCCCGCCUCCCUGCGAGGUGUGCGUCACGCUCACCAUCAUCCCGCCCGUCCUCUCCGACGGGACCAGCGUCUUCACCUUUGACAACGACAGCUGCGCUGAUAGCGCGACCACGUUCAUUGCGAGCAUGGAAUUCAUCGCAAGUGACGCCGGGUCGCUCAUUGUGGCGCCCUUCGUCCUCACCACCUGCUCGCCCGCCUACAACGUCAGCGAGAGCCCGAUCGUGUACCCCUACCUGCGUGUGUGCGGCGCGUUCCUGUCCGCGUCGGAUGGUGCCAUGAUUGAAUCCGCGCUCCAGGAUUUCAUGCAGCUGUGGAUCCAGGAUCUUGUGGGCGGCGACCCGGAGGCGUGCAUGCUCACGCACCCUGGCUACACCAUCACCAGCACGGCCGCUGACCCCAGCGGCGCCGCCAGCUGCCUGCAUGCCGAGUACCGACAGGCGUGUGCGAUUCCGCGCCCGCCCUCGCCACAUCCACCUGCACCGCCCUCGCCCCUGCCUCCGAGCCCCAUCCCGCCUAGCCCGGCGCCGCCCAGCCCGGCGCCACCAUCCCCGCAGCCGCCUAGCCCCGAGCCGCCGUCGCCGGCUCCGCCUAGCCCGGCGCCUCCGAGCCCGAAGCCGCCUUCACCCAAGCCCCCCAGUCCCACACCGCCCGCACCUACACCUCCCUCGCCGGCACCCCCGUCGCCUGCGCCACCCAGCCCCGUGCCACCAUCACCUCGGCCGCCCAGCCCCAUGCCACCGAGCCCUGCGCCGCCCUCACCCAAGCCACCGAGCCCGGCACCACCCAGCCCCGCGCCCCCCAGCCCCGUGCCACCGUCACCACGGCCGCCGUCGCCUGCUCCUCCCAGCCCAAUCCCACCAAGCCCGGUCCCACCUUCACCGCUGCCUCCCUCGCCAGCCCCACCCAGCCCCGAGCCCCCGAGCCCCGCGCCUCCUUCCCCACUUCCCCCGAGCCCAGCACCACCCAGCCCGGCCCCACCCUCACCCUCUCCACCCUCCCCCGAACCGCCCAGCCCCAGCCCGCCUGUGCCGCCCUCACCCGAGCCGCCCUCCCCAACCCCGCCCAGCCCGCCCCCCAGACCGCCUCCGCCCUGCGAGGUGUGCAUCACGCUCACAAUCCGCCCGCCCGACAUCCUGCCUGGACCGUUGUUCACAUUUGAUCGCGACACGUGCACUUCGGUGUCAGACAUGAUGAUCAUAAACCUUGCAAACAUCGCGGCUGACGUUGGAGCGCUGUUGAUCACACCCUUCACGCUCGACAUCUGCUCUGGCGACUUCAGUGCCACAGAGUCGCCGCCGGUUUACCCAUACCUGCGAGUGUGCGGCGCGUUGCUUUCCGCGGAGCAGGGCGCCAGAAUGCAACCCGGGGUUCUCGCGGCCAUGCAGAUCUGGAUCAUGAGCCUGGCAGGCGGCCCCGCCGAGGACUGCAGCAUGGCUGUAGGCGGCUACAGCAUCACCAGCGUCGCCACCAACCCCGCCGGCGCGCCCUCCUGCCUUGACGCAGGCUGGUCGCAGCAGUGCGCGUUCCGCAGCCCACCCUCGCCCCCGCCGCCCACGCCGCCACCGCCACCGCCUCCACCACCGCCCGACGAGCUGCCGGACGCGCCUCCCAGCCCGCCUCCGCCUCCGCCGCCACCGGGCCUGCCACCGCCGCCACGCGGGCAGGGUGGCUCCCGCGCGCCACCCCUCCCUCCCCUCCCCAAACCCGCCUGCGAGGUCUUCAUCCAUAUCUUCGCGCUGCCCCCGAACAGCCCCGCCACCCUGGCAGGAGCCUUCUCCUCCUCAUUCUCCACCUCCACGAUCUUCUCCUCGGGCACGCGCGUCGGCCACCAUCACCAUCGCCGCCGCCGCCACCUCUCGCAGCUCGCGAACGACUUCGACGCCGGCACCGCCGCCGCCCUGCCUGCCGGCGCCUUCUCCUUCGACGCCGCCUCCUGUGCCGAGCUCGCGGACCGCAUCCUUUCCGGCUUCGCAGUCCAGGCGCCGCUGGUUGGCUCCGACAUCACCGUGCCCUUCACCCAGUUCGCCUGCGCGCCGCAGCAGCUCGUCCUGUACGGCUCCUUUGCAACCGCCUACGACGGUUAUCUAUUGUACGACUGGCUUAACGGCCCAGAUGGCAUGCAGGCGUGGGUGCAUGCGGUCACAGGCGGCGACGCCUGUUCACCCGAGCUUGAGGGCUACCUGAUUCGCAGUGUGGUCACAGGUCCUAGCGGCGAGCUGGCGCCUAGCUGCAUGUCGGGUGGUUUCAAGCAGCAGUGCGAGGGCGGACCGGCGCCGCCGCCGCCCCCAUCGCUGCCCUCCCCUCCGCCCCCGCUUCUGCCACCCAGCCCAUCGCCGCCCUCGCCGGGCCGGCCUCCGCGGCAGGCCACGCCUGGCCUACGGCAACCGAGCAUGCCGCCGCCGCCGCCACCCUCGCCGAGCCCGCCGCCGCCGCCACCUUCUAGGCCCGACCUGGUUCAGACGCACGAAUGUGUGGCGAGCACAAACGACGUGCCGUACAGUGUGGGGCCGCUGUACGUACGGCAUUCCCUGGACCAGUUCGGAGCUCCUGCGGUGGCCAUGUGCACACGUGUGUCGGGCCGGCAGGCCUGCCGCCAGGCCGCGUACUGCUGCGACAUGGACUUUGCCAAGAUCGAGGUGCCCAUCAACCCCGCCUGCCGCAACGAGCUGCGCCGCAUCGCCGUCAACCGCCGCCUGGAGGACUGGAGCUGGGGCAGCUACCCCAGCGGCCUGCUCACUGUCAAGUUUGAGAGCCUGCUCACGGACCUGCCUGUCCCUGACGGCGGGGAGCUGUGUUGGCUGGUGCGGCCCAACAACCUGUGUGCCGAUCCCGCCAUCUUCUGUCGCGGCGGCUUCUGCCAGGUCAACAUCUACUCGUCAAGCAAUAAGUGCUGCCCCAGUGCCUGGGUCACGUAAGGGACCAGCACCGACCCGUGCGCGCGGCCCUCCGCCGCUUCCACACGCUCAGCAAUCACGUGCUGGGGGAGCCAUAUGACAGUGUCCAAACGAUACGGCCCCUCUAUAUGAAUCCGACAUACAUAAAUUGCUAUGCAAUGCAUGCACAGAAAUUGCAAGACCGAUGCGGAUUGGCUGGGCCACAGACGUUCCCGGCGGCGGUUGCACAGCCACGCACGUGCCCCUGAUUCCAGGCAGUCCCGAAGCGCCGGUGGCGUGGGCCGUUUGAAUACAUAAGUGACUAGCGAAUGAAGCCAUUCGAGUACAUACGUGUACAUAGGGUGUGGUCGUGCGCAGUCCAGCUCCACCUGUGUAGUGCGAUGCUAUGUUGCGUCAUGGCACCCUUUUGUGUAGGGCAGCAGCGCGUCCCUUCGUCACAGGACGUACGCGUGCCAUGCUGCUUGUGAUUACGAAGAAAGCAUUAAUAGCUGUAUUGAAUGGUGGUGCCUGUCGCAGCAUCAGUUGUCUGAGUCCGGUAAACUUUCGUCACAGUACGGCAUCUUGUUCGUGCGCAUGGGCGCUUGGCAGUUAUUACUACCUUUUGCACCAAGAGUUGUCUCGGGUGGGAUGCUCCUGCAUGCAUGCUUUCGCAAUCGUUGCCAAGCCACUAAUCCAACCAAGUAGAAGAUCUAGGUAGACGGGGUGCAGAUCUAGGUAGACGCAGUUGAGGUUGCCAUUAUUGUCGUUGAAGGGUGUUGGGGACAGACACGGACCCGCCCCCGCGCGAGUGAGAGAACAUACGGCGCAACAUGCUGUACCUUGAUUGCGGUUUGAGUUGACGCAUGACAAUGCUGGCAUUGCAAUUGGCGAAUGCCGCGGACUUGAUGCACUGACGCGCCAGACCGACAUGCAUGUAUGAAGAGACCUGUUGGGUCAGGUAGACUAGCUAGUGUCGAAUCUGUAGGAGCGCUAGCUUACUACCAGGCAAGCAGGCCAGGUCACAGCAGCGGCGCGCGGCGGUCGAUACAGAAGUGUCUGACGGUGAUGCGUACUUGCCUUGAUUGAUUCAGUUACGAGUGCUACAGCCAGGAUGGGGGUAAGGCUUUACACUAUCUACCGUAUUUGCUCUUGCUGUUAGACCGGCAACCCUGCCGGUACGUUUGAAGGGGAUUGCAUGCAUGAUUAAGCCCGCCUUUAACUGCUGAUGUGUCGGUAGCGUGUGCGAGCCGCUAGGGCACGUGCACACUGUGCCUUGUGCUGCCAGGUGUACAAUUGUCUUCGUGUCACAGAAGACAUUGCGGUAUAGUGAGCAUGUUUAGUAAUACAGUGCGACAUAUGUGCAUGCACUGUGUCACUAGGGGACACCCGAGUGUGGGUAGUGUGGGUUUGGGUACCGGGGAAACGAAGAGUCGGUGCUUAUCACUACGGUAUUCAUUGUAACACCAACGAAAC